GGAGCGCCACUAUCCCCGCUCUUACUUUCUGCACUGGAGGAGCCGGAAAAAGGUCUUCGAAGAAGGCGUGGCUCAUCCAUAUUAAUAAGCUCUUCUACGGUUGUCAUAGUAAUUAUUAAUGACGCUGCUCUCUGAUUGGCGGGGAGAUACUAAAAUAUUAAGCAGCCUGUUCAGGGAGGUGUGAGAAACUCAGCGGGUUUCUCCAGCGUAAUUUACGCGCGGGGUGGGCGGGGUUUAUGCUAAUGAGGCAGGAGAAGGAGGCCGGGGUUGCCAAGAUGGCGACGGAGCGAAGUCGCUCCCCAAUGGGGGGCUCGCCGGUGCCGGCCUCGAUGUUUGCCCCAGAGCCCGCCUCGCACGGCGGGACGGCGGCGGCUUCUUCCAGGCUUCACUGUGGCGUUCCGGACUCGGACUGUAGCGAGGACGGCGAAGUGCUCAAUGGGGAGCCCGAGCUAGAUCUCACCAGUAAGCUAGUAAUGGUGAGCCCAACAUCAGAACAAUAUGAUAGCUUGCUGCGACAGAUGUGGGAGAGGAUGGAUGAAGGAUGUGGGGAGACCAUCUAUGUUAUUGGACAAGGAUCAGAUGGGACUGAGUAUGGGCUCAGUGAUGCAGACAUGGAAGCUUCCUAUGCUACAGUGAAGAGCAUGGCUGAGCAAAUAGAUGCAGAUGUGAUCCUCUUGCGGGAGCACCAGGAGGCAGGAGGCAAAGUGCGUGAUUACCUGGUUCGGAAACGUGUGGGUGACAACGAUUUCCUGGAGGUCAGGGUAGCAGUGGUUGGCAAUGUGGAUGCUGGGAAGAGCACUCUACUGGGUGUCCUCACCCAUGGUGAGCUGGACAAUGGACGUGGCUUUGCCCGGCAAAAGCUUUUCCGCCACAAGCACGAAAUUGAGUCGGGCCGUACUAGCAGCGUGGGCAAUGACAUCUUGGGCUUCGACAGCGAGGGCAAUGUAGUGAACAAGCCCGACAGCCAUGGUGGAAGUUUGGAGUGGACUAAGAUUUGUGAGAAAUCGACAAAGGUCAUAACUUUCAUUGACCUGGCUGGCCAUGAGAAGUACCUGAAGACUACAGUCUUUGGCAUGACUGGGCACCUACCUGACUUUUGCAUGUUAAUGGUUGGCAGCAAUGCUGGAAUUGUUGGGAUGACCAAGGAGCACCUGGGCCUUGCAUUGGCGCUCAAUGUCCCAGUCUUUGUGGUGGUAACCAAGAUUGACAUGUGUCCUGCCAACAUUCUUCAAGAAACCCUGAAGCUAUUACAGCGACUUCUGAAGUCUCCAGGAUGCAGGAAGAUCCCUGUCUUGGUCCAGAGCAAAGAUGAUGUUAUCGUUACUGCCUCCAACUUCAGCUCAGAAAGGAUGUGUCCAAUAUUCCAGAUUUCCAAUGUCACUGGUGAGAACCUGGAACUGCUUAAGAUGUUUCUCAAUCUCCUGUCUCCAAGGACCAGUUACAGGGAAGAGGAGCCUGCAGAAUUCCAAAUAGAUGACACUUACUCUGUUCCCGGCGUUGGGACGGUGGUGUCUGGGACAACACUAAGAGGCCUGAUCAAGUUAAAUGACACCUUGCUUCUAGGCCCAGACCCGCUGGGUAACUUCUUGCCCAUUGCUGUGAAGUCCAUCCACCGCAAACGCAUGCCAGUCAAAGAGGUGCGGGGAGGCCAGACUGCCUCCUUUGCUCUGAAAAAGAUCAAGCGCUCCUCUAUCAGGAAAGGUAUGGUGAUGGUGUCUCCUCGAUUGAAUCCUCAAGCGUCUUGGGAAUUUGAAGCAGAGAUUCUGGUCCUGCAUCACCCUACCACCAUAAGUCCACGUUAUCAGGCAAUGGUGCACUGUGGCAGCAUCCGCCAGACAGCCACUAUCCUCAGCAUGGACAAAGAUUGUCUCCGGACAGGAGACAAGGCUACCGUCCACUUCCGCUUCAUCAAGACCCCAGAAUACUUGCACAUAGACCAGCGGCUGGUUUUCCGUGAGGGGCGUACCAAAGCUGUGGGUACCAUCACCAAGUUACUCCAGACCACGAAUAACUCUCCAAUGAACUCCAAACCUCAGCAGAUCAAGAUGCAGUCGACAAAAAAGGGGCCCCUGACCAAGCGAGAGGAGGGGGGAGCCCAGGCAGGCGUGGCGGCAGUGAGUCCCACAGUAACGGAUGAUGCUGUUUCGUUGGGAGCAGCUCCCUCAGCACCUCCUAAUGCCCAGCAACCUCAGGUGAAGGCUGGUGGAGGUGGCCGGCGGCGUGGAGGCCAGCGCCAUAAAGUGAAGUCUCAAGGGGCUAUCGUGACUCCUGCUGGUGGCUGUUGAACAUCAUUUUUAAUCACCGAGGAGUUUGUACCCUCCCCUCCGUCUCUUCAAAGCAAAAACCCAGAGCAGCCUAACCAAAAUCCAUUCCAGCUGAUCUGCUGCUGUGGAACUUCUCCUCUUCCUCUCCUGGAGGGGGAGGGACUGGGGGACGUGGGGUUUACAGUUCAAGCUAAUGAAGGUGACGACAAAGCACACGUGGGACUAAUCAAUUGCCACCUUCUCCCUUUAUACCCCCCAAAACAUUUUGUACAUCGUAAGCUUAGUCAUGAUUUUUUAAUUAGUUUUUAUUUUAGUGGAUGUCUGUGUGUGGUGGCGUGUGUGCGGAUGAGGAAGCAGGAGGAUCCAGGUAUACAGAGUAAGAUAACUGACUGCUCUUGCCUUCCCCAUCCCAUCAUUAUAUUUUAUAAACAAAAAUCUUGUGUCUCUGGUCCGCAGUUGAGAAUUCCUGAAAUCCAAGUCAUACAAGUAUGAAUAUUCUAGUUGGUUUGGGAGAGGCAGGAAUUCUUCCCUUUUUGCACCAGUGGUACUAUGUGAGUGCUGGGCCUUCCCUAGUUUAAUGUACCAAUGCCUACAUUAUGUUGGUAAUUGACAUGAAGGAAUACCCUCCCUGCGAAUAUCCAGCAGCAUCCCAAAAGGUAGAUGAGUAUGAGAGCCUAGAUCUCAUAAUUAUGCACUUGUAAGCUUGUUUUAAAAGCAUGACUUGCGGGGGUGGGAGGGGGCCUCAACAGCACUGGUGGCUUUGGAAAUGUCAGUUGAAGGACAAAGAGUUGAUUUCACACAACGCUUUUGGGUCUUGUGUCCAAAUCUGGUAUUUUUCUUCUUUUGAGUGCAUGCUGCAUCUGGUUUUGUAACCAGCUCAGUACAUUCAGCUUGGAGCAGGGAGAGAGGCGGUGCAAGUUGCCUUCUUGUGACUUGCGCAUUUCGUCCCCAUGGUUUCUGAGCUGUCUCCCUUAAGAACAGACACCAUUGGUGGGCAUCUUCUCUGUGCAUUCAUGUAACGCAAGACGCCAUUGCUCCCUUUGCAUUAGGGAACUGGGUGUUGUGACCUCUAACUGGGCACUUACCUCUUAGCAUUUGGAGGCCAGAUUUCACCCCUUGUUUUCAGCCUCUCUUCAGAAUCUGUGCCAUGGCUUGGACACGCACACUCUCUGUAAAAGCAGCUAGGGGUUUGCUGGAGCCAGCUCUGAGCUGUGCUUUUAGAUUUGGAUACACAUUUGGGAUUUUAUAAUACAUUUGAUGUACAUUUGCUGCUUCUUAUGAGGCACUCAUUUUGAAUUGACUUCUUUUAACUGGCAUCAUGUUCCUGUUGUUUUUUAAAGCAAAACAAAAGCCAGUUUUGUAGUUCACUGGUUUAUAACUUUUAAAAUCUCUCUCCCCCCUCCAUGUUACUGUCUCAAACUUUCUUCAUCCUAACAUAUUUGAAUAACUUGAGUUACUUGGAAAUUAAGAAGUGAACAUUGGUGGGUAGAUAGGCAUGUUUUAUAGCUACCUUUUUGCCUGAAGUUUUGUGGAUAUAAUCCUAAGCAGCUACAGUAUUAAUAAAUAGCACCACCCUCUGAAGGAGAAUGGAGAGUGGCAUGGCUGAAAGAAGAUGGCAGCCUUUUCUACUUGGUUCUUUGGCCCUGUAUUGACAUCAGUCUCAUUUUCUUCUAUUUCCAAGGGAAGCAGAGCCUUUGGUGUGGUGUCCUUUCCUUCUUUCAUUCCUUAGUUCUGAAAGAGGAAUGUGCAGUGCUGAAGUUUCCCUUCAAAAACAAAAUGACAUGGUGCUGUGUUCUCUUUUGUGACCAGCAUUAAAAGACUACUGAGGCUGGCAUGAUGUAAAAAAAAUAAAAAACAAGGUUUGUUUAAAAUUUUAAAAUUAAA